GCCGUCCGUGGCGCUCGGCCGUGCAGGGGCAGAGCGCAGCGGCCCCGCUCGCAGGGAAGGAGCCGGCGCCCAGGCCGUUCUGCAGCCGGGCGAGGGGAGGGCGGCAGCCCCUGGCGCUGUCUGGCGGAGGAAGUGGCCAGAGGAGGAAAUUCCCACCCGGCUGCCGGGUGCAGCCCGUGUCCCGCGGCGGCAGCUCCCCAGCGCCCUGGCCUGGAGCCGCUGCCGGGGAUGUGAAGGCGCCCAAGCCCCGGAUCAUGGCCAGCCCAGGGGGCGCUGGGGGAUGCAACGUGCUGAUUGUAUAUGCCAGGGAUGCCAGUGAAUGGUGUCAGUACCUUCAGAACCUCUUCCUCUCAUGCCGGCAUGUCCGAAAGCAGCGGGUUCUGAGCUACGAAGUGGAGUACGGGGCUGCUGUUCUCUCUGAGGAGUUUGACCGAUUCAGCAGCAGCCAAUGCAUCAUUGUGUUGCUGUCUGCCGAGCUGGUGCAGAACUUUUACCUCCCUGACGUCCUUUCAAGCCUGCAGGAAGCUUUGAGGCCUCCGCACAAAGUGGUCAAACUGUUCUGUGGAGUGGCGGAUUGUGACGACUAUUCCAGGUUUUUCAGGGACUGGGCCCAGUGGAAAGAGCUCACCUAUGAUGAUGAGCCAGAUGCCUACAUUGCAACGGUCAAGAAGGCUAUUUCAGAAGACUCUGGCUGCGAUUCUGUGACUGAUACAGAGGCAGAAGACGAGAGAAACCCAGUUUACUCCAGAAAACUUGCAAUGAGUCAGCAGCACGGGACAUCCGAGAGCACCCUGGGAGACCUGGUGGUGCAGCCUGACCGCAUACGCUGUGGGGUGCAGACAACGCUUUAUAUUAUCAUAAAAUGUAAAUUGGAUUGUCAAGUGAAAACAGAAGCUGAAUUCUUUCCAGAGAAUGCCCAAUCUGUGCGUGUGCCGGCCAAGAUGGAAAAUGAAUACACUGUCUCUGUACAGGCUCCUGACUUAACUUCUGGAGCAGCAUCUCUGCAGAUAUAUUCAGGUGACCUGAUGGUGGGGGAAGCGAACAUCAGCUAUUACACUGACAUGGAAGAGAUCGGCAACUUGUUGGCCAAUGCAGCUAAUCCAGUGGAGUUCAUGUGCCAGGCCUUUAAAAUAGUACCAUAUAACUUAGAAGCUCUGGACAAACUGUUGACCGAGUCAUUGAAGAACAACAUUCCUGCAAGUGGAUUGCACCUGUUUGGAAUCAACCAGCUGGAGGAAGAAGAUAUGACUACAAAUCAGAGGGAUGAAGAGCUGCCGACGCUGCUUCACUUCGCUGCAAAAUAUGGGCUGAAGAACCUCACAGCCGUGCUGCUCACUUGCCCAGGAGCCCUGCAGGCCUACAGUGUAGCCAACAAGUAUGGGUACUACCCAAACAACAUCGCCGAAAAUCAUGGCUUUAAGGACCUGCGCCAGUUCAUUGAUGAAUACGUGGAAACUGCUGAUAUGCUGAAGAGUCACAUUAAGGAGGAGCUGAUGCAGGGUGAGGAAGAUGACUCUGUUUAUGAGUCCAUGGCUCACCUCUCCACCGACCUGCUGAUGAAAUGCUCCCUGAAUCCUGGCUGUGAUGAUGAGCUCUAUGAAUCCAUGGCCAACUUUGCCCCUGAUGCCCCAGACGAUCUGUAUGUCGAGAUGCUUCAGUCAAAACCCGAAGCCCCAAUCGCUAGAGACCAGCUUUCUCUGACUACAAAAGAUUCUAUGAUCCGCAAAUUUUUAGAAGGCAGUAGCAAAGAUGUGCCAGAUUCGGAGGAUGAUCCCUACCAGCAGUGUGGUGAGAAUGAACUUUACUACACUGUGGAGCAGGAUGACUUCCCUCAGGAAAUGGUCAACAGACCUCCAGUUCCUGUUCCAAGGCCUGACUCCAGCUCCCUUCAUCAAGACAAUGAGCUGUACAUUUCCAAAGUAUUUGCAGGGAAAGCUCACGAAAGACCUGGGAAUCUAUAUGUCUCUGCAGGGAAGAUUAAGAAAGAGCCCGCAGUCAGGCUGGUCAGGGACCAGUCACAAUCAAGCAUAUAUGACCCAUUCGCUGGGAUGAAAACCCCAGGUCAGCGGCAGUUAAUUACGCUACAGGAACAAGUCAAGAUGGGGAUACUCAAUGUUGAUGAAGCCGUGCUCCAUUUUAAGGAGUGGCAACUGAAUCAGAAGAAGAGAUCUGAAUCAUUCCGGUUCCAGCAGGAAAAUCUGAAACGGCUACGAGACAGCAUCACCCGGAGGCAAAUUGAGAAGCAAAAAACAGGAAAACGUUCAGACUUGGAAAUCACGGUGCCUAUACGACCAUCUCACAAUGCUCCCGGGAAAGUGGAAUGUGGCAUUUAUGAAUUUGGACCCAGGAAAAAUGUUUUCCCACCAAGAAAAGAGAUAAAGCGAGGAGAGUGGAAAACAGAAAGCACCUCUAGCACUGCAAGUAGUGCCAGUAACCGAUCGAGUACUCGAAGCACGUUGAGUAUCAGUAGUGGAAUGGAAGGUGACAGUGAGGAUAAUGAAAUCCUGGAAGCUACCAGAAGCCGCAGCCCAAUACCCCAGCAAGUGGAGAAGUUUCCCCUCACGCCACCUGAAAGGCCUCCGAGAAUACCUCCCCGAGGCGCAAGCAGGCCUGUAAGCCGCGAAAACUUUUUUCCUCCACCUGUGCCCCCACGAGGUCGCUGAAUCCUGAGAUCAUUGGAAUAUGGGAUAUUCUAGUGUGUAUGUGUAAAGAUAUAUAUAUAUAUAUAUAUACACACAGAUAUUUUAAAGGAUCUUUUUUACUAUUUAUAGAUGGAAGCCAGAUGAUUUCCUCCUUCCUGCCCCCCAGCUGUGGUGCAUUUUGUAGUAACAUUUCACUGAGAAAUCUCCCAGCCUUUUGUGACUUUUUUUUCUUGGAGUGUCUUGGAACUUCUGGAUUUUAAGGAAAAACUAUCCAAGGUGGCAAAGAGAAUUUGGACGAGUCUUUUGACAGUCUUACACCUCAUAUGGGGUUAUGCCUCCCACCAAGAACAUGCUGUCCUCAUUGGAAGCCUCCACUCCGAGAGUUGUAAAAACAACUAAAGAGACUCACUGGAAAAUGUAAAAAAACUGUUUUUUUAAAAAAAAGCUCCUUUCAGAGACUGUCUUCAAAGACUGCUCAUCAUGAGCUGCAUCGGAAGAGUGGAUCCCAGUAGUUUGGUGUAAUAUUUGGACACUGGGUCAUUCCCACCAAAUCCCCUGUAACGGAUCUUCCUUUAAUAGUUAUUGGACAUGAUGGUUUUGCAAAAGGGCUAUGUGAAGACUUCCUUAUUCAAGCAAAAGUCGUUUUUAUACAGCCCUUUUCUUCCCUCACCCCAUUGUCUUUGGAUGGGGAAAGACACUAGCAAGGUGCUAUAUACACUGCAUUGGAUGCAAGACUUCCUAACAACUGGUGAGGGAAUUGCUCUGUCACAUGAAAUAGCUCUAUAUAGAUGCCUUCUAGGGGCCUUGUUACUUUAAAUCCAAAUAGCUGACCUCUUGUAUUAGGGGAAGACAUUUUUAGCAGUCUUUUGACCUUCCCCCUUCCCUGUACACAUUUGAGUAUCAUAUCUGCAUUAAGGCUGUUUAUGCUAUGUAAUAGUGUGUGUUGAUAAGGUGUAUGUAUUUUGUGGCUCAAAUAUGGAUUUAAUUGUUGCUUACUUCACUGGGCACAGACAUCCAGUUCAGUGGUUGGGUUUUGCUUGCCCUAAGCAUCCUGUUUAGCAAAGCUGCACCUACAGCAGCUGUGUCCAACCAAAUCCGCCUGAGGGCUGGGUGUUUUCAAAAAGGUCAAAAGGCUUCUCUGUUCUGCUCCCCUUUGUGCCACUCAGAUGGCACAAGGAGCAAAAACAACUGCUAAGUCCUCAUCACAGAGAGUUGGGGUAGCUGGUUUUCAGGCCUGGGGUGAGGAGAACACAGGGGUCUCCAGCAAUCCCUGGCUGACAUGGCUCAGCAGGGGACCUUUGAUGGCUGGCACAAGUUAGAGGCUACUCUGCCCCAGCCCAGGGUGGAGAAUUGGGUAGCAUUAACUCAUUGGUUCUCAGCUUCUCUUUUCCCUUUCCUCCCUGUGGGAGCUGUGUGGGGGAGAGGAGCCAUCCCUUGCUAGCUGAACCCAGCCCUCUAGGCUCAGACAGAGCUCAGGUAAGCAGGCGACAGAGCAACCAGAGUUGCAGCUCCCCUUCCCCUGCAAUACAGCAAGUGGUCAGUGCAGGGAGUGGCUAAAGAGCAUAGGGGGCAAGUAAUCCAGGGGGUGUCCCCUACUGUUGCCCUGUAGAGAUGUGGGUCAUUCAAACAGUUCAGGGUGGCACUUGUGAAAUGCAUCUUCAGUUCAUAAUCAAGUGCAAAGUCUCUUUUCAGUGCAGCUCUGUGUAGCUCAGAAGCUCAUCCCUUCCACCAACGGAAGCUGCUCCAAUAAACAAUAUUACCUCACCUGCCUCAUCUCUCUGAUAUCCUGUGACCCACAAGGCUACAAUGACACUGCAAGCAAGCGCCAUGGGUACUCCUUUAAAAGUACAUGAGUGUUCUGCUUCACUAACCAGGUGUUACUCGGAACACUACAGGCUCUGAAUGCUGGCUUGCGGUAGCUUGCUUGGUGACUCGCUUUAGUCGGGGGAGGAGGGUAAGGGUUGUGAUGCAGAAAGCAGGAGUUGAGUUUGUGCCACUUUCCCUAGCGGGAGUAGUCCCCAGCACUUUUCCAUUGAACUGAAAAAAGUUUCUUCACCUAAUUGAGGAGAAAAUGAAACUGCAAAUGGAGGAAAUGAGUUAAAGGAAAUUAAACUGAAGAGGAGAGUUAAUUCAGGGGCCUAAUCCUGUUCAGUGCUCACCUCUGUUUUACUUUGCACACAUGUUGGUGGGUUCUGCCCUUUGGUUUAGCCCUGUGCAACCAGCAGCCCAUGGGCUUCCUUGCCUCCGUAACUCUCUCGUGCUCUGCCCCUAAGGUCAGUUCUGUGCUGCAGCAUUGCAGGCAUUAAUGGCUUUCCUAUCUCCCAGGGUAUAAGAACUGAGGAAUGUGGGGCAGAAGGAAAAGAGCGAAGCAUGAAGACACCACUCUCCCAAUUUCAGAACAUCUCCUUUCCAGAUAAACCUGUAGCCAGUGUGGGUUAAACUUGCAUUGGUUCUCAAAAUGUGGGUUGGGACCCCAAAGUGGGUUGCAAUCCCAUUUUAAUGGGGUUGCCAGGGUUGGCUUAACUUGCUGGGGUCUGGGGCUGAAGCUGAAGCCUAGCCCCACCCCCGGGCCUGAAGCCCAAGGCCCAGGGUCAGGCUUCGGUCCCCCCGCCCCCCGGGGUCAUGUAGUAAUUUUUGUUGUCAGGAGGGGGUUGGGGUGCAAUGAAGUUUGAGAACCGCUGUGUUAAAACAGACAUGCAGGCGGGGGGUGACUGCCUGCACUCUGUCCAUUCAACCCUGGGUAACUCUGACUCUGCACCACUAGAGGAGACUGUCACACAGGUUUCCUCUAAUGUGAAUUUGGUCAGAGGGACAUGUUCUGGUGGCAUCUCCAUGUUGGAAUUUCACUGGAAUGAUCAAGACUUUACGGUUGGGCUCAGCAGUGAGCUGCGCCUCGCUUGUUUCAGCUGCUUAACUGGCAUCUGAAAAUAGCCCUCACAUCUCUGCCCAGCCAGCCUCCCCCUUUUGCCGCUCAGAACUUUCCUCAUGCCAAACUGUCCUAUUUCAACAACUGUCCUUUGUGGUGUUCUGUACUUUCCAAAGCCUACUGUGCAACUAUGCCGCUUUGAGAGAGACCACAGCUGGGACAGUGCAUCACGGUUCAUUAUAAACGUGGUCUGUUCAGGCCCCACUUACACUCGGAGGAAACACCUGUCACCCUACAGUCUAAUGCAGGCGUGCCGCUAUGUAGCUAGAGUCAAAUGCAGCCCCUGGUGAUAUUCUCCCUGUAACUCUGCCCUUGGGAGGACAAAGCGGAUCAGCUGCAGGUCUGUAUGCCUGGCAAUCUAGAACAAGGAACUGUUUUUAGUCUACCAAGAAAAGCAGAGCAGAAGAUAUCACGGCCUCAUAUGCUUGAUUAAUGUAAACAUGGGAAUUGGGCAUGGUUUUCAAACCCUGAGCAAGCUGGGGUGUCUUAAAGCCUGAGCACACCUUACUGGAUGCCAGAGAUUUGGCCCUCAGUUCACCAUGACUAGUCUGCAACUGGUCAUUUAAAACUAUUUAGGGCUCAGUGCUUUGACAGUCUCCUUUCAUCUUUAGGCUCUUGUGUUGGAUGAACAUAUAAUGCAUAUUGUCUCUGCCUAAGCAACAAAGUGUGCUGAAACAGUAGGAAAAGAGAGGAAGAAGAAAUGCUUUGUAAUUAAGUUUGUAACUGAAGCAUUAAAAAAAUGUUCCUGUUUUAAGGUGAAAUCCUAGGGAGACCACUGGUAAUGGUCUUUCACCUCCAAAUCACUGAUUCAAAUGAGGCUGGGUCAGCAGUGACCAUGUGAUGGCUGAUCAGUGAAACGUAUUUGCUCUCUGUCCAGUGUGCAUACAAACCCACCAGAGCAGAUGGGACUACCUUGCCCUGUUAUUCAGUUCUGUCUGCCAACAAACCAUGGAGACUGAACUCUCCGCUUCUUCCCAAGAGGCAGGCAGUCCAAGUCUGGACUGGGAUGCACUGACUGAGCGGUGUGGGGGACCUUGGGUUGCUUCAGCCCAAGCUGUAUCUUUCUCCAACACCCUGUUUUGAAAAAGUAAACAUAAAGCUGUUUGGACAGAAAUGUUUGUCAAAAACCACUCAACAGGCCCGAUCCUGAUUUCACUGACAUCAGUGAAAGAUUUAGCCAGGGAAUUCACUGGACGCAGGCUCAUCCACUUAUGAGAUCUGUCCAUCUUAUAAAAGUUUGCAGUAAAACAUAGUUGGUGUUGGUCCUGCUUUGAGCAGGGGAUUGGACUAGAUGACCUCCUGAGGUCUCUUCCAACCCUAGUCUGCUAUGAUUCUAUAGUUAGCUACAAUUCUGAAGAGAACAUAAAUUCAAUGCCUAAGGCUGCAGUGAGAAAAGAUCAAGCUGUGGCAUUUGCCAGUCUCACAAAAUGGGGGAAGUGACCAUAAUCAGCUCUAAUCAAUCCAUAUAACAUAAGGUAUGAAGGACCUCUCAUGUUCAGUUGACUUCUUCUAAGAUCAGAAUGUGUGUAUUUAUUUAUUUUUAGGCAUUGUGCAAUAUUUGGUGACAAGUGGAUGAUGUAUGCGGUUUGCCUUUUGGAAAAGGUAUGUUACCUCUAGCUUAUGAAAACUGCGUUUAUAUGCCUUCUGUUUAUUGUUUGAUCAACUGAUGCUUAAUGCUGUGUUUUUUACUUCUAACUGUAACUUGUUUGGGAUAUUUUUAAUUUUAUGUCUAAAUUUUGCAGAAUAAAUUUCUAGUUACUGACAAUA